AUGGAGUACGGUGGACAAGCGUUUGGGUGGGUAGGGCUGGGAAACAUGGGUUCAAGCAUGGCUUUGAAUCUGGCCACCUACGCGGAGCGGCAUCAUCACCCCCAAAUUCGCGUUUGGAACCGCACAGCCGCAAAGGCAAAGGACUUGGCACCGGGUUACUACCAAAUUGCAGCUUCUCUCCACGAAAUUGGCUCUAACUGCAAUAUUGUUCAUGGAUGCCUUGCCAAUGAUGACGUUGCGUUGGCUAUCUAUAGAGAGCUGUUCAAAAUCCAGAAUAAAGGCUCCAUCUACGUGGAUCACUCGACUCUAUACCCUACAACCUCCAAGACGCUCCAAGCCGAAGCUCAAAAGAAUGGCGUGUAUUUUCUAUCCUGUCCAGUUUUUGGCCCCCCCGCGGCGGCAAAGUCAGCAGAGUUGCUUGUGGUACUGUCUGGCGACGCUGAAGCUCGAGAAAGUGUGAAAAAAUAUCUCGUUCCCUCACUUGGAAAAGACUUGAUAGACUGUGGGGAUGCAACAACGCAUGGGGCUACACUCAAGUUACUCGGAAAUAGUUGUAUUUUGGGCACCAUUGAGCUUCUGUCAGAGAGUUUCGCACUGGCUGAGAAGACAAACUUCGACCUGAACGUCUUUUAUAACUUCAUUCAAAAAUGGUUCCCAACGCCCGCAUGGCUUAAUUAUGGGAAGAAAAUACGAGAUGGUGCUUUUAGCGGCAAGACAGGCUUUACAUUGCCCGGUGGAAUGAAAGAUGCUUCGUAUAUCCGUCGGCUUGGGUCUGUUACCUCAACUCCAACUCCCAUAGUUGAUCUGGCAUGGAACCACUUAACUACAGCAGUAACAAUAGGAGGUCCAGGGCUUGAUUGGAGUGCAUGUGCGGUAGGUAUGAGAGUGAGUGCCGGGCUUAAACCAUUUAAUGGGGAGGAUUUUAGCCUUGAUAAUGGCUCUGCUGCAAAACACUAA